ACUGAUAACGUGCCGGGUGUUUUCUCACCUGCAGGAUAUAAGUGCUAUGUUAAUGAUGAUGGAUAUCCACCCGGGAGACACAGUUUUGGAAGCUGGCAGCGGGUCUGGUGCUUUGACCUUGUUUCUGUCAAAAGCAGUUGGGCCCAAAGGACGUGUUGUAAGUUACGAAAUCAGAGAUGAUCAUCAUAGUUUAGCUAAGAAGAAUUACAGGCACUGGUGUGCUGCAUGGAAAAUAGGACAUAUGGAAGAGUGGCCAGAUAACGUGGAUUUCAUUCUUAAAGACAUUUCAACUGCAGCUAUGGAUAUGAAAUCGCUAAUACUUGAUGCAGUAGUUCUGGAUAUGCUUAACCCUCAGUCCGCUCUGCCUGUUGUACAGCCAAGCCUGAAACAGGGUGGUGUGUGUGCUGUGUAUCUAGCAAACAUCACACAGGUUAUUGACCUUUUAGACAGAAUACGGACCUCCAGGCUCCCUUUUCUGUGUGAAAAGAUCAUUGAGGUAACUCAUAGAGACUGGUUGGUGCUCCCUGCUAAACCCAAGAAUUUCAAAUCAAGCCAAGUGGUGGAAACUCAAGAAAAUAUUGAAGAAACACCUCAAAAGGACUAUGAAGAAAACAACCUUCAGGAUCAAGUAGUUCUUACAGAAGGUGAAUACAAUGAAUCACUUUCUGAUGACACUGAAACACACUGCUCGGUGCCUUAUGUUGCUCGACCAUCUUCCUGGCAGGAUGCUCAUUCAGCAUUCCUUAUCAAGCUGAGAAAGUUUGGACUACUGCAUGCUUGA